UGUCUGUCUCUCUGUCUCUGGUUCUGUGGUUGAAUUACUCUCUCCUCCUGUCGCUAUCUCAGUAGUGUGUGUCCGUCUCUCUGUUGGAGUCAUGAUGUCUCGCUCGGCAGAUCAGGUGUACCAGGCUACGCUGAACACCUACACGGAAAUUCUGGAGCAGUUUAACCCGAGGAUGCAGAACCUGGUGGUUCUCGGAAACAACUUCUUCCACGCAUUCAGAGUUCUCAUGAAGGCAGCCAACUCCUACUUUGUCGCUGUGGGGAGAUUCGGGGACAUGGCUCUGCACACGUCCACCUCACAGAUACUGGGUCAGGUCCUGAUGCAGAUGACAGACACUCAGAGGCUGCUGAACAGUGACCUGGAAGUUGUUUUUCAGAGGUUCCACGAGGAGCUGCUGCAGCAGAUGGAGGAGAACGCGAAACUCGACAUGGACUAC